CGGUUGCGUCACGUCGGGACGGGCGGGAAGAGUUUCGUCCGCCCGAGCGCGAGCGCCAUCGCCUCAGUCGCCCCCCACCCGCCGCCGCCGCCGCCAUCAUGGACUACAGCGACCCCUCCUCCGCCUUCAGACACCGUAAGUCACCUGCCAAGUUGAGAACCAGGAUCCCGACACAGACCAUGGGAGACCCCAACCAUCUCUUCGAAGACACCAGUGGGGGCGCAGCCCCUUCACCGGCCAGCUUCAGUGUUCCUGGCCAAGGCUUCCUCAGUGACCCCACCAUGUCUAACCUGGCCAUGGUCUACGGCACCAGCCUGGCUAAUCAGGGGAAGGACAUUGUGGAUAAAAACAUUGAUCGCAUUAUUCCUGUGAGCAGACUGAAGUAUUAUUUUGCUGUGGAUACGGUGUACGUUGGUAAGAAACUGGGACUCCUCUUGUUUCCUUAUAUGCAUCAGAACUGGGAGGUACGGUAUCAACAAGACACCCCUGUGGCCCCGCGAGUUGAAGUCAACGCCCCAGAUCUAUAUAUUCCAGCGAUGGCGUUCAUCACAUAUUUAUUGGUCGCCGGCCUUGCCCUCGGGACGCAGAGCAGGUUCUCCCCGGAGGUGCUGGGGAUCCAGGCGAGCUCGGCCCUGGUCUGGCUGGUGAUGGAGGUGUUGGCCGUCCUGCUCAGCCUCUACCUCGUCACCGUCAACACCGAUCUGACCACCAUCGACCUGGUGGCGUUUGCCGGUUACAAAUACGUCGGGAUGAUCAUGGGCGUGGUGGCCGGGCUGAUAUUUGGAAAAACAGGAUAUUGUGUGGCUUUGGGCUGGUGCUGCAUCUCAAUAGUCGUGUUCAUGAUCCGAACGUUGAGGCUGAAGAUCCUGUCGGAAGCGGCAGCUGAAGGGGUGCUGGUACGAGGUGCCAGGAACCAACUCCGCAUGUACCUGACCAUGGCAAUCGCGGCCAUACAGCCUCUCUUCAUGUACUGGCUCACGUACCACUUGAUCAGAUAGCCGCAGGGAGACCCCGACUGCACUCUCCACACUGCCUCCAUAUGCUUCUAAACCGCAAGUUAGCCACAGGCUACGGUCUGUGCUGUGUGCUGACGUUUCAAGCAGAAAGAGGGUGAUGAGCGAGCUGCUGCGCUCACUUGUUUAAUAUACUGUGCUCCAAUGUUUUUUUUGAUAUCUAUUUAUAAACCGUGUUGGUCAAA